GUGCAAAACCUUCGAGGCACUUGCCGAAUUUUGCCACAAUGUGGUUGACUCGAUCUUUCAUGAAUCACGACGACUGCUUGCUUGGAAAACCCAAACAACCGCUGAUUUCCGUAUGCUUUGAUACGAUGUCGCCCAGCUGACACCUCUAGCGCUACGGUGUUGUCCUUGGCCGUGGUAGAUGCGACCAUAGUGACAACGCCAUAGGCUGGGGAGACCUAGUGCAUAGCACUUAGCACUUUUCAUCCGUGUGCUCACAACUUCUGCGCAAUGUAUCCGAAACAAGAUCGUACCCCACAUGAUGUGGAGGCUACCAACGUUGAAUCUGGUCACGUAUCCGGGCAGUCGGACGAGGUUAAGGUCAAUGGAAUUCGCAAAACCUCAGUGGAAUACUGGGUAGCCAAAGCAGAGGAUGUCAAGGAUUUUAUAAUUGGCCCAAAUCGGUCUCAUUUCAGCACAGAUGCCUCUGGAGACCCCCACGAGGACUCAAACGCAUACACCUCUCCAAACGAAAAGUUGUGGUCGAUGUACAAUGAAGAAGCAGCUGCAUAUGACAAAUCUCUGGUAGAAUACCUGGCCGGCGAUAUGAAUGCUUUGGUCACAUUUGCUGGUCUGUUCUCCGCCGCUGUUACCGCGUUCAUUAUAGAGAGCUACAAGGCGUUGGAUCAGGACUCCGGCGAUGUCACCAAUCUUUAUUUGAGACGUAUUUCGCUUCAACUUGCCGCAAUGACCAACGCUUCAGUAACGAGUCUCCCGCCUCUCGAUCCACCUCCGUUUGCGCCCAGUCAUUCCGCUGUACUGGUGAAUAGGCUUUGGGUUAGCAGUUUGGUUAUCAGUCUAGCUUGUGCUCUUGGUGCACUGCUAGUUCAAUCAUGGACAAGACGUUAUACAGACCUGGUGACAAGCGCAAAGGGCGGCGCCGAUGCGAGGGCGCAUGUCCAUGCUUUCCUUCGUGAAGGCAUUGCACGAUGCGGCCUUGGCCCUCUUACAGUUGGCCUCCCCGCAUUCAUGCACGUUGCGUUGUUCUUGUUCUUCGCAGGCCUCAUAGAAUUUUUCCUGCCAAUCAACGCCCAAGUUGCUCAUGUGACAGCGGGGCUUGUUGCGGUUUGGGCGGCUGCCUACUUGGUCUUCACGCUGAUUGUGUUCAAGAUUCACAAUGCGCCUUUCAUCACUCCGGUGACGCCCGUCAUUCGAUUAAUACUCAUUUUUCCCAUCUUCGCCGGCGUAUCCAUCAUGCGUAUCCUGAUAUCAACCUUAAACGCCGUCCCACGCAUGCUUCAUAUGGAUAAAUUCACCAAUAUGACGGAAACCGAAUGGCUUAGAAUAAGCGCAACGCUAGGCCGAUACCGAAAGUUUAUCGAUGGCGAUGUCUUCGACAAGAAUCACUUCACACCCGAGAGAAGAUAUCGUGCCAUACGAUGGCUCAUGAAGCAUAUAGUCCACUAUGACGGCUUCUGCCGCCUCUUCGACAUCUUGGCUAAUCUAGCAACAACCGUCGACGCCUCUCAGCAAACGAUGACUUUCGAUGCCAUUUUUUGUCUUAGCAACCACUCACACAUCUUCGGUCACGGCAUUGGAUCCCAUAUUGCUCACCUUCUUCACUACUCGGCCGAUCUCGAGGAAACUUCCCGUAAAGAACAAUAUGUCCUAUCCAGCACAUCAUUAGUGUGUGUUUUGGCCAUGCACAGCAACAGGGUUGAGCGCCUUAAGCACGCCGAUACUAGACCAAGAAGCACGGUCUGGUUGGAGCUGUGUCAAUCACGACUGCUUGGUGCUUUAGGCAAACUUGGAAAGGACCACAAUCCUGCUGUCGCUCUAGCUGCAAGGAGUACUGGCAUCAUGCUGGUAUGCCGAACGAUCCAAGAUCUCUUCCAUCGGGUCAGCAGCCAAGACGUUACUGUCUUCGCACCACCUGAUUGGACAUUCUGGCAAGUUAUCGCAGCGCUAGGCAUGGAUCGUCAAGAGAGUGAUGCUACAGUGAACUUAGUCGAAGAGCUCGCAGAAUUCUCGGUGAUAUUCCAGUUGUUCCCACAGCCCAAUAAAGAAGACCUUGACAGCAUCAGCAAAGCCCACAUCACGUACAGCAACCCCAACCCGACGGCUGGUCGUCGAAUUGAAGCUAUAAUUGAAAAUGGGCAGAUGCCGCUCACAGGGAAACGCCUACUUUACGAAUGCUCUUUGGAAGCUUUGAACCGAUUCCUAGAGGACAUCGCUUCGCGCCACACAAUGGUGAAUACGCGCUUGCGCGAGACUCUUCGUGUUGCAUUAGAAGCUUGGGAUUCAGAUUAUCAGUCGGAAGUUGAUGAGAGGCGUGUGGACCAUGGGCAUCCUCAAAACUCCUUAUCGGGUUCCAUUUCCCCCAUAAUCAGCGUCUCUGCAGCUCCCAUAGGUUCUCUCUUGACACCCGGCGCGGACAGAAAGACACAGCAGUCGUUCAUCGCAAACCUCCAGAAAAUAUUCAAUCGACAGUCUUUUUAUGACACAAACGAUACAGUGGCCGCGUCGGAGAUUUUUGGAUGGCUGAGUGACAUGGAAAAUCUCCUCGACAAUCUCUUCGACACAUUGGAUCAGGACUUUGCGCAGGAGGGCAGGACUGCACUAGAUCGUUUCCGUAUCGCUAAGGCUGAAACUGAAGUACCACACUAACGCCAUAUCUCUGCUUUCACAACAGUCUUACUUGCCAGUGCUUCGGAUCCUGCCAUUCCCAGGCUGGAUGAAACUAUCUUCGUCUCUUCUCAGCGGCUACAUUUGACUUUAGGCGUCAUGUCCUUAGAUCUUGCAGACGCCCUCCUCCCUGUCUCGUGACAACAAACUACGACUAUUUUCAAAUUCAAUCAGCUGUGCCUCUGGAACACUGCGACAGAAUGUUACUGUCGACCGCUGGUUUCUCCAAUGAGACAUAUUCCCUGCUUGCUGUCAAGGCACAAAUCAGAUGUG